CUCACUAGGAUUGCACAAUAAACACAGGGCGAGUUUGUCCAUUUCUUUCUCCUUUUCCUUCUUGGUGUAACCGGUUCAGUGUGCCAGCUGCGCCUCCCUGAAGAGAGUCCAAAAAGAAGAAGAAGAAGAAGAAGAGAGAAAAAGGAAAAGCAGUGGAGAUCUGACCAUCAUGGCCCCUUCUCCUCGGCACAGCGACACAGGACUGGAUAUGGAGGAAGAUGAGUCGUACUAUGGGAUCCAGAAAGGGGACAGAAAGACCAGGAAGCCUCUGGUGGAGAGGAAGAGGAGAGCUCGCAUCAACGACAGUUUGCAGGAGCUGAGGACUCUGCUGGCGGACUCGGACUUGCAUUCCAAGAUGGAGAACGCAGAGGUGCUGGAGAUGACGGUGAAGAAGGUGGAGGAGGUUCUGAAGAACCGAACCCAAGAAACAGACGCACUCAGCCGAGAAGCCAGCGAGAGGUUCGCGGCCGGCUACAUCCAGUGCAUGCACGAGGUCCACACGUUCGUGUCCAGCUGUCCCGGGAUAGACGCCACGGUGGCGGCGGAGCUCCUCAACCACCUCCUGGAGUGCAUGCCCCUGAACGAGGACCACCUCCAGGACGUGCUGAUGGAUCUGAUCACUGACACUUCGGGGAGUAACGGCAGCACUUGGCACGGAGGAGACGAUUCGUUGUGCUCGUCCCCGGCCUCUCCCGGAGGAAGGAGUCUGUGCAGCGGCUCGUCCUCCGCCCUCUCCCCGGCCCCCUCCACCACCUCCAGCGAGGACCUGUGCUCCGACCUGGACGAGACCGACAGCGAGCACAACCAGAGCUCCACCGAGGGCUCGGAGAACAGGGAGGCCCUGGGCGGCAUGCCCACCAUGACCUACGAUCGGUCUAUGUGGAGACCCUGGUAG